CUUAAAGGCCUUCCCUCGCCUUCCAGGAAUUCUUGAAGAGAAGAAGAGGGUUUAGUUUCAUUUUUCUUCAUUUUAAAAGUGGUUUAUAUGACUUAUUGAUUAAUUUUUUAAUUUUUAAUUUUUUUUUUGGGGGAGAAAAAGAGAAAAAAAAGGGCUGACCUGGGACACGUGUCGAGUGGAGAUGAGUCCUCCGGCGGUGGCGGCGGGAGGAUCAGUGGCGGCACCGGCGAUGGCGAUGGCUGCGGCGGUGGCGGUGCCAGAGGGGUAUGCGAGAGAGGCGAUCUUGGCGUGGUACCGAGGGGAAUUCGCAGCGGCAAACGCGAUCAUCGACGCGCUGUGCACUCAUCUGGUGGAGAUCGCCGACGGCUUGCCGGAGUACGAGGCGGUGUUCGCGGCUAUACAUCGUCGGAGGAUGAACUGGGUCCCUGUGCUUCAUAUGCAGAAGUACUACUCCAUUGCUGAUGUUACCGCCGAGCUUCUCCACGCCACGGAGACGAAGCGAGCCGCGAUGGAGGUGAAUGAGGAGCGGUCUAGGGCUUUGAUCGUUGAAGAGGCGCCCUUGAAGGAGGUCGAAGACGAUAGAACCGGAUCGACGGCUGAGAUCUCUCACCAUAAGGCCGGAGCAGAAGCCACAGCCGCAGCCACCGUCACCAUCGCCGUCGCCGAAGAUUUGUUCAGAGAUUCCAACGUCGUCGGAGACGGUGGUGCUAGCGAUGAAGGAUCUCAAGGUGCGAAAACUUCUCAAGAAAGUAACCAAAUAUCCACUGAUCAUGAGGUUUCCAUGAUUCGUCCAGAGAGGAUCAAGAUCUCCAAAGGAUUCAUGUCCAAGGAAAUGGUGAAGGGGCAUAUGGUUAAUGUUGUGAAAGGUCUUAAACUUUAUGAGGACAUAUUCACAGAAUCAGAACUCUUGAAGCUUUCUGAAUUUAUAAAUGAACUUCGUCUUGCAGGUCACAAGGGGGAGCUCUCAGGUGAAACUUUCAUUUUCUUCAACAAACAAGUGAAAGGGAACAAGAGAGAAAUUAUUCAGCUUGGCAUUCCAUUAUUUCAGCCAAUUAAACAAGAUGCCUCAAGCACUAUUGAAUCAAUUCCCGAAGUUCUGCAAACUGUUAUUGACCAUCUUGUCCAAUGGCGUUUAAUACCUGAAGGAAGGAAGCCAAAUAGUUGCAUUAUUAAUUUCUUUGACGAGGAUGAAUUCUCGCAGCCGUACUUCAAACCACCACAUCUGGAUAAUCCAAUCUCUACUCUCCUGCUUUCUGACACUACAAUGGCUUUUGGCCGUGUGCUUGCAUGUGACCACAAUGGCAACUACAAGGGCUCCUUCACACUUCCAUUGAAAGAAGGAUCACUCUUGGUGAUGCGAGGGAACAGCGCAGACAUGGCAAGGCAUGUAAUUUGUCCAUCAUCAAAUCGAAGAGUGACCAUCACAUUCGUGAAGGUUCGAUCUCCGAAUAACCAAAAUGAUACUCCCGUCAUGCCUACUACACCGACUAAAGCAAUGACCCUCUGGCAACCCGGAGUUGUGCAACAAGAGGAGAUACCAAAUGGAGGAGCCGCCAUUGGUUAUGGAUCUCAGGGUUUAAUCUCUGCAUGGGGAAUGACUCUCCGAGCUCCGGUGAUCAUGUUUGCGCCACCGAAGCCAGUGAUCAUGAAUCCUUCAAGGAAAGUUUCACGUCAUGGCACUGGAGUUUUUCUGCCAUGGACUGUUGGCCCCAAGAAAUACAUUAGGCAUCUUCCGCCGCGCAUUCAGAAGAGGAGACUUCCUGCAUUGCCUUCAUCGAUGGAAUCUCAGGUGAAUAAGAUACCUCAGAUUCCAACUGUCAUGGUGUGAAUUUUUUCCACUGCUUCUCAUUUCAGAAUAGAGUUUUUACUUUUAUUUAUUUUUUCUUUUUUGUUUGUCUGUUACUGGUUAUCCUAGUCAAGUCUCUGCCGAAUACAUAGAUAUGAGAAUUUCUUGGGGUGCCCUUGCAAGAGCUCUUUUUUUUU